UGUUUGUGCAAUAUAAAACAACACUGGACACCUUUAACACCAUAAGCUGUAAAACGAUAAAUGAUACGCAUGCGCAGUACGGCUCGGGCGUCGUCGUAAAAACUGUGAAGAACUGUACGCAUGCGCAGUGCAAACCCACCAGAUUGGUUAGUAACAAAUGCGGUCAGGUAACAGUAGGGAUCUCUGCGUGUUUCUCUACCAGCUGUGUUUCUCUCUCGAUGGAUGGAUGGGAAGAACGGGAGGGUGUGUGAAAGACGACUAAAAUGAAAGGAGGAUGUGUAAAAGGUGAGCGGACGCCAACUCGGAGCAGCUGAUGGAUGCCGCGGCUCCUCUGGCUCACGCCAUGGAGAAGGAGGAUGCGGAUGGAGAGGCUGAUGAUCUCUCGCUGGAGGAGAUCUUAACGCUGUACGACCAGCCGAUCAACGAGGAGCAGGCAUGGGCGGUGUGUUAUCAGUGCUGUCAGGAUUUAUCCGGUUCGGAUCAGCCCAGGGUUGUCAGAGGACCAAGAGAUGUCAGGAUCCAUAAAGACGGCACUGUCGGGUUACAAAGAUCUCCAGGGAAGGAGCACUCGGCGUCCGCUGUGGUCACGAAUGUAAUUGAGUCUCUGGGCAUUAUGAUCUACAAAGCUCUGGACUAUGGCCUGAAGGAGCACGAGGAGAGAGAACUUAGCCCACCUCUCGAGCGGCUGAUCGACCUCAUGACCAACACGACCGAGCUGAACCCUGACCCCUGCCCCGACGAAGGCUACGAAGCCACCGAGGAUGAGGAGGAAGAAGAGCUCAGCCAGAGAAGAGGGAGUCGCCACUACCGAGAUGUUCUUAAGCUGUGCACGAUGCACCUCCCGAGCCCGACCGAUGCCCCUGAUCACUACCGGGCCGUGUGUCGCGCACUCUAUGCUGAAACCAUGGAACUGCGGACGUUUCUGGAAAAAAUUAGGAGUGCAAAAGAGAACCUGCGGAAGAUGGAAGACAACAAAACUGCCAAUUCAGCCAGAGACCUGAAUGAGCUCGAGAACGAAGACUGGGCAAGGUUCUGGGUGCAGGUGAUGAGGGACUUGAGGACCGGCGUGAAGCUGAAGAAGGUGCAGGAACGGCAGUAUAACCCUCUGCCCAUCGAGUUUCAGCUCACACCCUACGAGAUGCUCAUGGACGACAUCCGCGCCAAACGCUACACACUGCGCAAAGUCAUGGUGAACGGAGACAUUCUUCCUCGGUUAAAGAAGAGCGCACAUGAAGUCAUCCUGGAGUUCAUCCGAUCCAGACCGCCCCUCAAUCCUGUGGCAGCACGUAAGCUGAAGCCUCAGGUGGAACGUCCUCCGAGCCUCCAUGAAAGGAUCCUGGAGGAGAUCAAAUCCGAGAGGAAGCUCCGCCCAGUGUCACCUGACCAGAUUCGCAGGAGCAAUCUGGACAUCUCCGCCCCUGACGCAGCGAGGAAGGCAUCCAGCUCGCUCUCGUUAGCUAAUGGCUCGUCACUCCAGGCAAACAGCACCAGCGGCUUCCAGAGAAAGAGACUCCAUGCCCCCACUCUCGCCGAACUGGGCAGCUCAGACUCGGACGAUGAGACGGUGGGUCAAAGGUCAGCCAGCAGCUCCAGCAUCUCCACACCGAUAGUUGAGGACACAUCGCCGGAGUCUGUGGUGGGAAAGAAGACUCCGCCCAUGUUCCUGCCCAUCUCCUCCACACCGCAGCCGGAGAGGAGGCAGCCGGCACAGAGGAGACACUCCAUAGAGAAGGAGACGCCCACAAAUGUCCGGCAGUUCCUCCCUCCAUGCAGACAGAGCUCCAGAUCCUUAGAGGAGUUCUGCUUCCCGGUGGAGUGUUUGGCCCUCACGGUGGAGGAGGUGAUGCAUAUCCGGCAGGUCCUGGUUAAAGCCGAGCUAGAGAAGUUCCAGCAGUACAAAGACAUCUACAACGCUCUAAAGAAAGGAAAGCUCUGCUUCUGCUGUCGGACUAAACGGUUCUCCUUCUUCACCUGGUCUUACACUUGCCAGUUCUGCAAAAGACCGGUGUGUUCACAAUGCUGUAAGAAGAUUCGGUUGCCCUCUAAGCCGUACAGCAGUCUACCCAUCUACUCUCUGGGACCAUCCACUUCCACGCUGUCCCGGGGCAAAUCAGAGAAGACGAGCACAAGCCAGCGCCGGCCUAGCCUUCAGCGCACCAUGAGCAGACUGUCCAAGUCAUCACGUCAGGCCUCAGCGUCGUCCUCACGCGAGGACAUCGAGCUCCCUAAGGAGCUCACUGAAGACUGGAGCACCAUGGAGGUGUGUGUGGACUGCAAGAGUUUCAUCUCAGACAUCAUCUCGUCCAGCAAGCGCAGCCUUUCCUUGGCCACCAAACGUGGCCGAAUGAAGUGCAAGACUCACUCAUUCAACGAGCCCUCAACCACGGGAUCCGAGUACCGGCCGUCUGAGAGAACCAUUCAUGAAGUCUAAAUGACGUAUUUAAAGAAAUACAACUUGGACUAGACCGAGGUACUUCCUAAAGUGGAGUCCUCCUGGAGUACCCUCUGUUUGUCCUGGAGUUUACUACAACGUGAGCUGUUGACUGUGUAAUAUGAUGGCCAUAAAAUCCUUUUAAACAUGUAGGACUUAUUAACAAGAUUUGUUCAGGUGUACGUACAAGUAGGCAUGUGCCGAUAAUCACUUAGAUUCUGUGUGGAGAUAUGUUGAAGUGUCCACAAUAACAACGUGUUGCAUAUCUUCUAAGAGUUAGUUGUUCUUGUGGACGCUUCAGAAUAUCUCCACACCCCCUGAGCUCCUGAGAUUAAAGUCUGUCAAAUUCAGAAAGCAGCAUAAGGACAGCCGUCUUACAGAGAUCCUUUAUUUUGGACAAAUCUAAAGGAGAGAAGAAAGGCAGUACCAUAAUGGUUCACUGGAAGGUUUAAAAUGGUGGACAGAACUGUUGCUUUGACUCAGGAAUACAUUUACGCAAAUGUUAAUUCAUAUUUUUGCCUUUAAAUAUACUUGAUUAUUCAUGAUAGGCAUGAGUAGCUGACGAAUUAAGUAUUUUUUUUAAAUGUAAUCACCCAAAUAAAUGCUUGUUUUACUUUAAAAUACUGGCCCUGGUGCCUGUCAGAAGCACCACUGAACAUGAGACAAAGCAAGUUUAUUGAUCGGAGGGUGCCAAUACUUUAUUAUUCGUGAGAAAUUUAUAAACAAUUGCGCAAAAACGUUGCCGUAUUCACACUACAAGAGACUAUCGCUUUGUGAGGUGGUCUUUAUCGGUACAUUUAUUUAAUGUAUUUAGUCAGCUGCUAUUUUUUUGCUUGCUGUUUAACACCGCUGCUAAGCAACUGGGAAAUGUGAAUGCUACGAAUGGAGGCGAGUUACUGACUGAGGAGAAGAAUUUAACUAGCUAGCUAGCAUGUAACCAGCAAGUCUUUUAUUGUAGGGAAGGUAAACGGAGAGAGAACGCAGAAACCAGACCAGGUUGUCGAGAAUAUCAACAUUUACCUCAGAUGUGCUGGGAAAUUACUUUAAAAAAUGCUCUAAACAGAUAAAAUUACGCUCUAAAUACAGUUAGCGUCAAUUGCUAACUGGGUUUCUGCCUUUUUGAAAAAUGGCGACAUGGGGUGAUAAAGCUAACAGAAAAUAUCCGAAGGAGUGUAUUCCGGGUUGUUUGUGUGGAAUUUUCUCAUCAAUAUGGCAAACCCAGUACCUUAUCCGAAUUUAGAAAUAUUAUCAGUGAAUAAAAGGUAGCAUUGUGAAGACAUUUUUUGACUGGAACCUUCUCCAUGGCCAUGGUAUAAAACUGAUUAUGGGCACAUGUCUUGUCAUAUGCUAUGAUGUGUGUAAUGUACAACAGGGUGGACUGAAAAAAAAACCUACGUUUUGUCUUGUAAAUAUGUAUAUUUGCUGCAGGUGUACAGACCGUCGAUCAAGCUGUAUUUAUUUUUAUAUGAAUCGGGUGACAUGCUGUAGUUUGGCCACUGAUGUGAGAUGUUGUAAUGAUGCCUUGUUGCCAGUCCCAGUCCAAAUCCCCUUUAUUAAUCCAACCCCAGUUACAGAGUGAUGAGAAUCUACCAAUGUCAGUAAUGUUCUCAGCAGUUUAAUGUGAAGUGUCACUGGUAGCCAUGUUGAUCUGCUACUAAAUAUAAAGCCCUGACUUUCUUUUCAGUAGUGCAUGAUGGGUAAUGUCUACAUCCCUCCACAUUUCCUACUUUAGCAUACCGUAUGUAGGCCAUCAUUUGUUUGUAUUUCUCUAGGUGAACAUUGUCAAUAAUAGUAUUAAUUGAAAUAACUGAUCAAGUUUUUCUUUCGUAUAAAUGACCUAAUUGUGCAGUUUUCUGUUUUUUUUCUCUCUCUCUCUCUUUUCUUUUUUAUAUUUCUACCUAGCCUGCAUACCAUAAGCUGUUAAUUUGCCUUAAAGCCAUUGACUUUCUCAGUUAUUGUAAUCUUGUUUUACUCUACAGAACUGGACUUUGACAUAUGAUUGACAUGGUUUUGAGUGACGGUGGUUUUCUAAGUCGAGGGUUCUCUAAUAAGCACAACACAUUUAUUUUUAAAAAUAUCCUGGGAGAUGAUUUGCCAAAUCAAUAUUAGCCCAUUCUGAAAGCCAAAAAUGUCAUUUAAAUGAAAUGGAGCAUAACAAUAACAAAAAUCCUUUUGUAUCUUAACUAAUACCUUCUUUAUUGACCCUGAAUUGUUUGACAGUUUUACUGUGUUUACGUGUUAUCACGUUAUUCUUUUAAAACAGAAUUACCGAGACUUGGAAAUGCAUUAAAUUUACAUUAAAAAUGACAUUAUUUUAUGAAUUAUUCCACAAAACUACAUUACAGUUUAGGCAUCUACAGAAUGUUCUGGCAAUAUUUUAGGUCUUUAGAAGUAUACAAACUCAUGAAAUUAUUAUUAUUUUAUUUUAAUGAAGUAAUAUGUAUGUUUAUUUACGUUUACGGCAUUUGGCAGACGCCCUUAUCCAAAGCAACUUACAGUCUCUAUCAUCAAUAAAUAGACCCUGAUACUGGUUCACUAGGUCACGGACUAAGAGUACUAACAGUCUUAAAAACUGUUAGGGAGGUAAUAUACUAAGAAAAAGUACACAGACAACACAAUAUUAUUAUUUUUUUCAGCUAGUGAUAGUGUUUUUUUGUUUCCCCAGAGAAAUGUUUCUUGCAUUUUAUCUUCAUAUACUGCAUUUUUUUUUUGCCUUAUAAUUAUUGCCUUUCUCUGUCCCAUAAAGCAAAUGAUGGUUCACAGAUUCCCUAAAAACCAAAUGCACAACUACUUCUUGAGUACUACAACGACUGAAGCUAAGCACAACAUUACUAAAAUGCACCAAAGUGCUUAGAUAUGAUACGCUAUUUCAACAAGUCUUGUAAGGACUGGCUCACCAGGAGGUUGUAAGUUGAUAUCGCAAGACCGAGAGACACAAAAUGGACCCAUGAGCAAAACCCUCAUCAUUUAAAUAGGCGUUUCUACAAGACGGAAUCUGAGAGAGAAUCAUAUGAAUUUCAGUAUCUGGUGUUACGCGUUGACCAUAAUGGACUUUCCUCAUGCCUGAAUUUUUUACAAAAGACUUGUGGAACUUGGGCUGUAUAUGUACCUUCACACAAAUGACAACUGGAAAUUGCAUGUACAUCUGUGCUUGUGCAUUGGAUCUGUGACUGUGAUCAUUUUUGUUUCCCAAAAUCUGGAUGAUCAUAAUAAACAAAUGCAAUACCUUCAAACUGCUGCUGCUGUUGUAAUUAAGAGUUGGAAACCUACCUUUUAAUGGCUGUACUGUUUAAUUCGUUUUAUUACAUCUAACACUGUGGAACAUGGGGGCACGGUGGCUUAUUGGUUAGCACGUUUGGGGGUUUAAAUUCUGCCUCUGCCCUGCGUGCCAGGAGUUUGCAUGUUCUCCCUAUGCAUCGGGGGUUUCUCCCUAAUCCAAAGUUAUGCGUUGUAGGGUGAUUGGCAGGACUGUGUGUACGAUUGUGCUCUGCCAAGGCUUUGGAACCCGGUAUGGAAAAUGGAACAUCUGCACAGCAGGUAAAUUCCUGUUAUUACUUACAUUAUAGCAGCUAUAAACAGCUGUUCCCUCGCUAACCUUUCUUUUUACCAUGCUUGUCAAAUUACAGAGAAACUGGAAAGUGCGGCAUCCUGAAGGCUUUCCUGUGUCAGGAAACCUACAAUGACUGCUUUACCUCUGACUGUUAGGAGACUCCCUAACACAGGAAACUCCCUCCAUUAACGUUAAAUAAACAUCUCCUGACAGAACAUGUCAAUAUCAAUGAUUUUCUUUGUUAAACAACAGCAAGUGAUUAAUCUGUUCAUUAUUAGGCUUAUUAUAAGGAGUGCCAC